GUGGUGUGCGGUCACUCUAGAACUAAGAAAAACCAAUUGCAAAUUUUGUUUUGCCAAAAAAUACAUAAUUUAAUGCCAAAAAUGUUGUAAAUUAGUAAAUAAAGUAAAGUAAAUAGCAAAUAGCCAUGGCGCGCAUCACGUGGAGAGGUCACUCCAGCCAGGAGCUGCUCUCGCUUUGUCGCCUGCGGUGGUCCUACAUGAAGCACUGCUGGCACUCGCUGACCUUCAACGCCCACAUGAACUCUUCCUACGCCUCGGACGUCUGCCUGACGCCCAUUUUCUGGUUCGUGGACAACUACACUCACUGCCUGGGACCGUUUUUUGUGGUGGGGGUGGCUGCCCUGACCACUUCCGUGGUCAGCAUUGCCUACUGGAUUGGCCUGCCCUUUUGGUGGGCCAAGAGCCAGCUGGUCACCUACUUCCUGCUCGUAGUGGGCAAUUGGCUGCUCCUGAAUGUGAUAUUCCACUACGUGAUGGCUGUGAUUACGCCGGCUGGCAAUCCGCCGGAGGGCGUGUCUCUCGUGGAGGCCGUCAGCAUGUGCGGCAAGUGCAUAGCCCCGAAGCCGCCCAGGACGCACCACUGUUCGGUGUGCAACCGCUGCAUACUCAAGAUGGAUCAUCACUGCCCUUGGCUGAACAACUGCGUGGGCUAUGCUAAUCAUCGGUACUUCUUCCUGUACAUGAUGUACACCACGCUGGGAUGCCUGUUCCUCAUACUUGCCGGCCUGGAAAUUGGCCACAAGUACCUGUGGCUGGAUCAUGGCGAGAGCUGGACGGAAGUGGAGCCUCUGGAGGGGCAGCCGGUGAAAUUCAAUCUGAGUGGCCAUAUUAUUCCCGUGACCCAUCCCAAUGAGUACGAUGACUUCAUGCUGCCUCCAGCUGUGCACAACCUGCCCACACCCUUGGUGGACACGGAUGCCCCUUCGCCUGGCAGACGUCGAGCCCUGUGGUUCAUGGCCUUCACGCUUGUGUCGGUGGUCUUGGCCCUAGGCAGCCUCUCCAUCUGGCAUGCCAAGCUCAUCACACGCGGCGAGACUAGCGUGGAGUCGCACAUCAACGAGGCCGAGCGCAAGAGGCUCCUUCAGCAGCAACGAAUCUACAUUAAUCCGUACAAUUUUGGCACCAAAAAGAACUGGAAACUGUUUCUGGGCCUGGUAAGAGGCAGAUCCUUUUGGCGUACUGUCUUGCUGCCCUCCUGGCACAGGCCAGAGGGAACUGGCCUUAGUUUCCACACGGUGCACGAUGCCCCCUUCGAGGACGAGUGGCCAUAGACGAGGCUCUUGUGAUGUCAUAAUAGAAGAAUUCCUUAGUUUUAUGCUCAAAGUUUAAGUCUAGUUGUAAUUAUUCUUCCGCUCCAAAGUUCCCUUCAAAUAGUCAUACCAGGACGAUUAUUUCCAUAGCAACUAAGAGGCACAAUGACGCUUUUUAAGCUUUUUCUAAGUAAAUAAAUAAAAGACUCAACUGCAGUAUACGAAACUCA